AUGAAGUCCUCCGCUGUCAGCGCCGUGGCACUCGCCUCAUUAGCCAAUGGCUCCCGGAUCGUCUACAGAGACACCAACACGACAACUUCAGCAACUCCGACUCCAACGGAACCUUGUGCGAUUGUGAGCGCCUCGUGGUCUUCCCAGAUUAGCGCGACCGCCACACCAAUAGUCGAGGCGUCAAUUGCUUACGAAUGUCUCAAUUCGGUCCCAAUUAACAAGGAUGCCGCUCUUAGAUUCAUCGACGAGCUAGCACCAUACAUUGAAUGGCAAUCCGACACCGUCUUUUUGAAAAUUCCCCCGGCCGAUUAUUUCUACCCUCCCACAGACCUUUGGGCGACUUUGGACCGCAUAAGAGCUGAUCUCGAAGCCGAUAAGUACUCCAACGAAUAUGAAUGGCAAGAAGACCUAUACAAGAACUUUUUCGGCCCCGCGCACGACGGCCACCUUGUGGUAUACCCGGAUGCCUUGUCCGCCGCCAUUGAGUGGCAAAGGCCCUAUGCUUUAGUCUCAAUCAGUGAGGAAGGACCCGCCGGUUCCGCACCAGUGAUUAAGGUGUAUGACGAUGUAGUUGCUGGCAUCGAAAAUGCAUCUGUAGUAAAACUCAUCAAUGGUGUUGAUGCCUCCACUUUCAUCGGUGAUUGGAUUUACCAGGUGUCCAGCAACCAAGAUGCCGAUGCUGCCUACAACUCCGCGUUCUUCGAGAAGGCCUCCGUUCUGAACAAGAACACAGGCUACUUUCAGAAUGGUGGGCGUCCAAGGUAUGUCUUCCCCGGCAAUGCUACCUCGUUCACAUUUGAGAAUGGAACGGAGGUGGUUCUGCCGAAUCAAGCGAGAGUGAAGAGUUCCUGGAACGGUGUUGUCGAUGGGCCAUCAUUUUUCAAGAAGUUCUGCUCUGGCGCGAACCUCAACCUCAGCAGUGUUGCGUCUACUCCGGCAACUACUACAUCUGAGCCCACAUCGUCUGCAUCCGCGACGGCCGCGGCUACAAGUUCAGUCCCUGGAUACCCUGAGCCGCUCGUUAUCUCGAGGGAUCAAGUCAUUUCUGGUUACUAUAUUGAUGAGCCGGGUUUCGAAGAUGUAGCCGUCAUCUCGAUGCUCUCUUUCUCCAGCGACCCGGUCGAUUUCCAGAAUGUCGCUCAGACCUUCUACGCACAAGCCAAGAAGGACGGUAAGACUAAGCUCGUGGUCGAUGUGCAGGCGAACGGAGGCGGUUUCAUCUUCCUUGGUUACGAUGGGUUCCGUCAAUUGUUCCCGGAUAUUGUGCAAGAGGGUCUAGGACGAUGGAGGAACCACGACGGAUUUGACGCCAUCUCUCGUGUAUUCUCUGACAUUUCCGCAGAUUUCGACCCUGACACUGCCUCCUCCGAUGUUAUUCUGGCUGCUGAAUCGGUCUUCAACUGGCGAUAUGACAUCAACGAGACCGACGGCAACUUCGUAUCCUACGAGGAUAAGUUUGGGCCGCACGAGUUUGGUGGUGACAACUACACUUCUCUCAUCCAGUGGAAUUUUACCGACGCGUUGAGCACAAGCAACGAGACCUAUGGACUCGGCACUGACAUUACUGGUUAUGGUAGUCGUAAAAACUUCACGCGUCCGUUCGGUGGCCCCGAGAACAUAGUGCUCCUUUAUGACGGCUAUUGCGCAUCGACUUGCACGUUAUUCUCCGAGUUCUUGAGGUCUAAUGCCGGCGUAAAGUCCAUUGCUAUGGGCGGUCGACCCACCAAGGAGGGCCUAAUCCAGGGCGUAGGAGGCGUCAAAGGAUCUCAGAGCUAUGAAUUCAGCGACAUCACAUCUCAAGCCCAGCAAGCGCGCAACUACACCACCGACCCUAGUAUUCUUGCGACUUUGGACAAAUAUACGUCGUAUGUGAGCGUUCGUAGCACAGCAGCGAGUCUAAACGUGAAGGAUCAGAUCCUUCCCGGAAACCUAGAGGAUGGUAUCCCUGCGCAGUUCGUAACCGAGGAAUCAGACUGUCGACUUUGGUGGACUGCUCCCAUGAUCACGGACAUCACUGAACUGUGGAAAGCAGCUGCUACCGCGGCCUUUAAGGGCGGCAAGUGCGCAUACGGUGCGAUCGAUUACCCGACGAAUGCUACGACUAAAGCGGCGACCGGGCCGAAACCCUUCGGGAAGUCUAGCAGCUCGACCAGCAGCACAAAGACCCCGACGAAGAUAGGGACAUUAACCCAGUCCAAGCAGCAGGCCACAUUGCAGAAGAGCCAAGCUUUCAUGGCUAGCCAGCAUAUGCACGUCGUUGACUAGAAUAAUCCGUCGCGACGCCUACUAGGAUAUUAAUUUCGAGCCUAUCGUUAUUGGGUGUAUACCUGCAUCUAGACGUAAUGUAGAUUAAUAACAGCUUUUCGAGUAUAGGAAAACUACAUAAUGUCAAUGUUAUGAGAUACGAGAUACUAUUGAUGAACGCUUAGAAUGACGAUAUCUGUACCAAUUGAUAGAUAAAAUCGGUACA